CGCUUGCUUAUGAAGCUGCGAAGCUCGUGAUGGGUCAGCUUUUCGCUAAACUCCUGAGCAUUUUUGGAAGCCGCGAGCAUAAAGUGAUAAUUAUUGGAUUGGACAAUGCUGGAAAAACCACCAUCCUUUACCAGUUCCUAAUGAAUGAAGUCGUGCAUACUUCACCUACAAUUGGUAGCAACGUGGAAGAAAUCAUUGUGCGCAAGACACAUUUCCUGAUGUGGGACAUUGGUGGGCAAGAAAAUCUGCGGUCUACUUGGAACACCUACUAUUCCAACACAGAGUUUGUCAUCCUUGUGAUCGAUAGCACGGAUCGUGAGAGGCUGACAGUGACAAAAGAGGAGCUGUAUAAGAUGUUAGCUCACGAGGAUCUGCGUAAUGCAGCUGUGCUGAUAUUUGCUAACAAGCAAGAUGUGAAAAACUCCAUGUCUACCUCUGAGAUUUCUAAGUUCCUCACCCUGAGCUCCAUCAGAGACCACCCGUGGCAUAUUCAAGGGUGCUGCGCACUCACAGGAGAGGGCCUUCCUGCUGGUUUAGAAUGGAUGAUUUCUCGAGUUGCUGCCAAGUGAUCUCAGCCAAAGCUACUUUAGGACUGAGGAAAAAACAAACAAACCCUUAUAUUUAUUUCCACUUUGCAAAACACUCAGGAUCUGUUGGACCUCGGUUGGCUUUUUUCCCUUCUCUGAAGCCAUCAGUACUUGUUUUUAUACUUUCUUAGAACAUGUUGUGUUACAGGAGGCGAUGCACUUGGCCUGCAGAGAGAUUCUUCCUGGAUGUGGAUCCAGGUGGAUCACACUGGAAAGUCCAUUUACUUCACAUUACUACGUGGCUCUGCUUUUAUACCUUUCCAGACAGCACUGGACACUGUGCCAUGAAAAGUGUUAAGUCCUGUGAAGCGAAAUAAGGCUAUGGAAAACUGUUGAGCCGAAAAGACAGCAACGCCUCCUGUCUCCCCACCGCUAAAAUGCUUUGCAUUGUCACUGUGGAAACAGCAGCAAAACAGGUGGAAUGUUAUUUCAGGAAAUGUUAUUUUAUGGAUUUCACUCUGCCUUGUGAGAUACCUGGACGGCCUUCCAAAUGUAAAAGUGCCCAAGGAACUUUUGGAACAGAUGUCUUCAAUUCCUCAUUUUCUCCUAGGAUUGCUCUCAUUUCAUUUUGGGCUGUAUCCAAUAAAUAAUGUGAGUGCUGUGUUGUUGUUUU